CUUAUUUUAAUAUAUGUAUAAUUGAUAAUUAUUUAUAAUUAGCGAAACGAUUUAUUAUUUUAACGUCUUAAGACUGGAUAAAAAUAAUGUUGGCGAUAGUUGGUGCGUCACCGACGGACGUCGCGGCGGGCGCCUUGAUUAAAGAGACGUGUCGAGUGUUAAUAAAGCGAAGACAGGCGGUUCCCGAGGGAUUACCCAGGAAUGCGAGAGAGAUCGUGGACGACGGCGACACUUGUACACUCUCUACGAAAAUGUGGAAAUAGCAUCAUUUCUUGUAAUAAGCUAUCUCUUCUCCUUGCAACAACAGCUGACGCACACGACAAAGACGAACAGUCGACAGCUGAGCUUUCACGUGAAAAUCAAAACCCUCAACUUACGUCAAUCAUCCACCAACGAAUAUGCGUAUAGUGCAACUUAGUCCCUAGCAUACAUUUCAAUCCACGUAUCAUAAAAAUAAAAUUGAUAGAGUAUGAAUCGCAUCCGCAUUGCGAAACAUUUUUUAAAAUACUUCAAAGAUUGAUGGGUAGUUUCAACCCUCACCAAGAAAGUGUAAAAUCAAUAAUAUUGUAGAUAACAAUAAAUAUUUAAUUCAGUGGAGCAAUCCUAAUGUUGUCUCAUCAAUCUUGUAACAUUUUUAGAAUCUAUCGUUCAGUUGGCAUUGUAAAAAUUCAAAAGUAUGUAGAUUAGGACCUGUCAUUAUGUAUAAUAAUAUUAUUACCGCGAUAGAUUGACAAUUUUAUUCGCAAUUAAUAAGAAAACUCGAAGAAAUUCUUAUGCUCUUCCGUACAUGACGAAAUACAAGUAGAAUAAUAUGGGGAAAGAUUAUUAUAAAAUUUUAGGUUUGUCGAAAGACGCAACGGAUGAUGACAUUAAGAAAGCUUACAGAAAGCUGGCUUUAAAAUUUCACCCCGACAAGAACAAGUCAGCUGGGGCUGAAGAAAGGUUUAAAGAAAUUGCAGAAGCCUACGAGGUAUUGUCAGAUGGGAAAAAACGCGACGUAUACGAUAAAUACGGCGAAGAAGGAUUAAAAGGCGGUAUUAAUCCUGAAACAUCGGAUUCAGGAACAUUCAGGUAUACAUUUCAUGGCGAUCCCCGGGCUACUUUCGCUCAGUUUUUCGGCAGCGCUAAUCCUUUCCAAACCUUUUUUGACAUUGGUAACCACAAUCCUUUCUCGUUUGACGAUGACACUGAUAACGAAGAUGACCCGUUCGUAGUUUUCGGUUUGAGGAAUAACAAGGACAACACGCAACACACGAAAAUCUUUCAUUCCGCCAGAAACAACAAGCAAAAUCAGGAUCCGCCGUUGGAAAAAGAUCUUUUUGUCACGUUGGAAGAAGUAUCGAGUGGAUGUACGAAACGUAUGAAAAUAUCGAGAAAGGUACUGCAGCAAGACGGAUCGACGAGACGGGAGGAAAAAAUAGUUUCCAUUAGCGUGAAGCCUGGCUGGAAAGCUGGGACAAAAAUAACAUUUCCGAAAGAGGGAGACCAAGAGCCCGGCAGGAUCCCGGCGGAUAUAGUAUUUGUAAUCAAAGAUAAACCUCACGAUUUGUUUAAACGUGAGGGUAGUGAUAUUAAAUACACGGCCACUGUGACUUUAAGGCAAGCCCUUUGCGGUUUCAAAAUUGAUAUUCCGACACUUUCGGGACGUAUUCUCUCCCUGCGCACGUACGAUGAAGUAAUUAAACCAAAUUCAAUUAAAAGAUUCUCAGGACACGGGUUGCCUUUUCCCAAAGAACCGUCCAAAAGGGGAGAUCUCAUAGUCAAUUUUGACGUAAUAUUUCCCGACCGUCUUACCGACAGUAGCAAACAAAUACUUCACGAUGUUUUGCCAGACAAUCAUUUUCGUAAUCAUAAUAACAACAAUUAAUACGAUACACAUUAUCCUCUUUUCUAAAGUUUAAAAUUUGUUCGAGAUGAAAAAUGAUGCAUUACUAAAGAAACACACACUCACACCAAAAAAAUAAGAACGAGAUAACUUCCUGAAAGAUUUGAAGAAAUUCAUUUCAGUACUUUUGUUAUCUUAAAAUUUAAUUUAACAAUAUAUAUUUAAAAUGAAAAAGGAAAAGUUUUCGACUAAUAUUUUCGACCAAUUAAAGGCAGUGGAUAGGUACGCUUCAAAAGCAAAACAAGAAAUUUGGCGGACACUGCCUGCUAAAAUAAAUUAUAGGUGCACUUUUCUUUUGUAUGAAUAUUUGCGGUCAGGUUGCAAAUUAAUAGCUUGUUUUGUCACUUAAGAAAAAACAUUAAACCGAAAAAAUAUUGCAGCAGGCAUCUUCUUUUUUAGUGGAUUUGUUUAAUAAAAGAGCUUUUCUGUAUAGUCAAAAUAGAAUAAACAGCUCGAAACAGAGUACAUACUAUACAGAGUGUUUUUAUUCGUAAACCGAUAUUUCUAAUAAUUCCGUUAUUAUAUAAAAACGGAAAAUAUUUUACUAACGUAAUGCCACAAGCCAUCAAUGUUUCCUUUUUUUUUUUAAUAUAAAAGCAACGAAAUCUCGGGUUUCAGUUAAUGAACACUCCGUAUAGAGCCUUAAUUUUUUAACAUACGCGAUGGUAAUAAUUACUCCUUAUUUCCUUCUGAUAGCUGUUAAGUUAUGAAACAAUAAUUAAGUUUCUUUCGAUUGUUGUUUUCUAUUUUCUUAAAGUAUAAUAACAUUUGAUUAUAGACGUAAAAAGAUUACGUAAAAUACUGACUAAACCCCUCGAACAAAGUUGCCACACAUCAAAGCCAAGUUACGUUACUGGGAAUGAAAAACAUUCUUUGUUGGAAUUUGUUAACAAAAAAGUUGCUAAAUCAAAAAAUCGUUUUGAAAAUACUUUUGUUAGGUUAUUAAAUUGUCAAAAAGGAGGAACUUUGUCGGUUGGCGUUUUUUCAAAAAAUACAAUAAUAAGAUAACUUUAUAUUCACCCUGAAAUUUUACAUCGAAAUAUCGCAAAGGAAAACUAGCGAUAUUUCAAUUGAAAAUUUCAGGACGAAAACGGAAAAGCAGCUAAGUUAAAAAAGGUUCAGUAGAUAUUAAGAUAUGGAUUUUUGAAAUCGUCUACUAUUAGCUAUUUUUGGACUUAAAUAGCGUAUAACUAAAGGUGGAUUUUUCGAAGAAACGCCAAUAGACAAAAGGUGUUUACUUUUGACCAUUUAAUUAUUUACAGAUGUAUUUUCAAAACGAUUCUUUGAUAUUGUUCCUUAAUGUUACUAGUUUUUGUUAAUGACAAAUUUGCAUAAAAAAAUGUAUUUCGUUCCCAGUAACGUAACAAAUCCAUUCCACUUUUUCCGGGAGCUUCAGUUACUUUUUACGCAUAUCUUUGAGGGUCAUAGGGUCGUUAUACUUUGUUACAGUAAAAAGGCACUCAUCAGUGUGUGUUUUCUAAUGGUACAUAAAUAAGAUUUUCUUUUGUGUAUAAUAAAUAAUAUGGUAAUUAUAUAAUAAAAUAUUGAAAACAAUUUCACCCUCGAUUUUCUAACAAUUUAUCAUUGUCAUCGCCCUGUAAAUUUCGUUCUACUCGCGUCACAUACCGCAGCUAAACAACAGAUUAAGCCGAUAAUUAAUAGGCCGUCAUUUACUGAGGCAACAAUUUGUAAGCAGUUAAGGGACCGCUUUUUUCAUCGUAAAUCUGUCUUUUAUUGGACGCGCACUGGGACGUCCGUCUAUUUCGUUUUAACGGUAAUUGAGUGUUUUUAAAAAUACAAAUAUACCUACAAACAUUUUAAGCACGCCUUAAGGCUUUCACAACGACAUGAGUUAAAGGCUUUAUUUCUGUUCCUUACACACAUUUAUUUUUAUCUAUUUGUAUAUCUUUUAUUACUUCAGUUUAGACGUGUAGUAACGUGCAGUGAAAGAUUUGGGGGUAGAAAUUGGCGAGCUCUUAAAUAUUUUUUUUUUUUUCGAUUAGCUUAAUCAUUAUUUUUUGUUAAUAAAUCUUAUUAAAUUUUAACGAACUGUAUCGAAAUAUCGUCAUUUGUGUUCAAGGAAAAUUUGAAGCCUAAUAAAUGAUACAAUUAAUAACAAACAAAGAGAAAUCUAUAUUUUAAAACAAAGCUUGUAUUAUUUAUUAUAUGUUUAUGUUAUUCGCCCAAAAUUAUGCGAAUAAGGCUUACGCCAAUAAAAAACUUUUUGAAUUGUAUCCUACCCCAAAAUCACUACUUGCGCGUCAUCAUUAGGCAAAAAGUUAUACUAAUGUAGUUCGUUAAUACCUCCACAGCGCCAUCUGCCAUGUAGAUUAUGUACGAUUACGAUAUUAACCAAAGGGGGGCGAAUGCUACCUACAUAAGCAGGCGACUUUAUCGUAAUUCAAAUAAAAUUACAAUAUUGGGCAUUUGUAGCAUGAUAUGACCAAAUAGCAAUAAAAACAAUUGCAGGUCAUCAUUACCCAAUUCUCGAAAUGGUUCCCGACUUCAAAAAUAACAAUAUAAAAAA